UGUGGCUUCUUUUUUGCCUUUAAACUUCUUCAUUGGUUGAUAUGUGACACAAACACAACACACACACAUACAUAUACAUAUACAUAUACAUCUAUAUAUGUAUAUAUUCAUGUUUCUUCAACUCAUGUGAAUGCCCUAAUUAAGCAACUACAUAUGUACCAUUUGCUUGCUUGCUUGCUAGCUAGCUUGGUACUCUUUCUGCAAAGUGGGGUUUAAUUGACACUUGGUGUGUUCUUUUUUAGUGUGCUUUUGAUCGGUAUAGAUGACUCCGAUUUACUUAAAUUCGUCAUCGAAUGAUCAGUACAACGAACACCAAUUCUUGAGUCCUACUGAUCACCGCAACGAACACCAAUUUCUGAGCCCUCAUUCUCAAGCUUCGUCCUCGUCGAAUUCUCUCACUUGCCAUCUUUUCUUCAACCCUACUAUCAUCAGUGAUCAAGAUGGGGGUUUUCAUAGCGAACCUCAGCCAUCACAACUUGAGAGCGAUACCUUCGGAUCACAGGCAUACGAUGAUCAUUGUGCAGCGAAUCAAGACGAGAUAAGCAAGAACAAUGGUGGUAGUGGGCUUAAAUUUUCUUUAUGGAAGAGGGAAAGUAGUUAUGAUACGAACUCGAACGAUGAGAAUCGAGUGAAGUGGAUGUCUUCCAAGAUGAGAGUAAUGCUUAAGAUGAAGAAAUCCGAUCAUCCAAAGAAGCUAAACACUUUACAAUCAACUGCUGCUACGGAAAUGAAGCUUGCAGAAGAUCAUCAUGAUCAUAAAGAACCAACAUCAUCUCCAAUGGAAGAAACUGCCAACUCAAACUCAAACUCAAUCAACAGCACUUCUUCAAACAACACCAACCCAAUUAGGGUUUGCUCUGAUUGCAACACCACCAAGACUCCUCUUUGGCGAAGUGGACCUCAAGGUCCUAAGUCGCUCUGCAAUGCAUGCGGAAUCCGGCAACGAAAAGCAAGGAAGGCAAUGGCAGCGGCGGCGGAAACCAACAAGAACACUUUGAUCAAUGAUAAACCAACAUCAUUGAAAGCUACAAAGAUUCUUCAUAAAGAUCACAAGAAACCAAACAAUGGGCAUGUCAAGAAACGACAAUACUCGAAGCAAACAAACACGAUGAACCCUGCGUCGCCAUCUUCGUCUUCUCCGGCAACAAAGAACUGUGUCGAGGAGUUCUUAGUAAGCUUAAGCAAAAACUUAGCAUUUCAUCGUGUGUUUCCACAGGAUGAGAAGGAAGCUGCAAUCUUAUUAAUGGCACUCUCUUGUGGCUAUGCUCAUCAUGAGUGACUGAAUAGCGAACAGCCUCAUGGAUCUCUUCUUUUUCCUAAUAAUCAGCACUGUUUUUAUUCUUACUUUCAUUUUCUUUGAUUUCAUACAAUGUUUUUGCAAGUGAGCUGUAGCUAUUCAGACUUUGUAAUCUUUUUUUCCUUCAGCUGUCUAAGAUAGGGUUUUAGAGCUUAAUUGUGUGAUAAGGACUUUGAGAGAUUUAGUAAAAUUAGGAUAAUAAAUUAAUGAGUAUGUGUAAACUAUAUGCAUGUUUUGUAAGGAUAUGAUGGUAAUAAGACUAUUCAUGGAUCAAGCUAUUUAU